CUCAUUUAUUGAUCUCGGUGAUGUCACUGGGCGAAGACUGCAAGGAUUGUCGUUGCGAGUAAAGACGGGAGCAUUUGUUGAAAGAAGCCGGUGUCGUACCUGGGAAAUUACCGAGUCUGUUGGAGAGCACGGCGACUUGUACCUAUCAACCUCUAGACAUCGCUCCCGUCUGUCGUCUGCCCGCUCUCACUUGGUGACCAGACGAAAUAUACGACUUCUCGCCUUGAAGCUCAAACACUCGUCUGUGUUGAUAUUCACAAACGAGCAGUAUGUCGACCAAACUGGACAAAGAUGACGUUAGGGCCGCCUAUGAAGACGUGAGAGACGAUGCAUCAGCUACCCUUUGGGCUGUGUUCAAAUAUGAAGGGAAUACUAUUCAGAGGAGCGCUACUGGGGAUGAUUACGGAGAGUUUCAAUCACAGUUCGGAGAUGAUGAAAGGGCGUUUGGUUUUAUUCGUAUAACUACGGGCGACGAAUUGAGCAAACGAUCAAAAUUUGCUCUUGUCACGUGGGCCGGUUCCCUUUUAUCAGCAUUAAAGCGAGCGAGGCUGAGCACGGACAAAUCCCUUAUAAAACAAGUCAUCCAAAACUUUGCCGUGGAAAUCAUGACCUCUGAACAGGACGAAAUCAGAAUAGAGUACAUCACGGAUGAAGUGAAGAAAGCAGGCGGAGCCAACUAUGGAACUGGUCAAUGAUGACAAAGAACUUAGUGCAGUUGAACAGUUCUGACUAUGUUAAAUGUGAAUCGCAAUGGUUGAAACUGUGGAUUAUGAGUAGAGAUCUUUAAAGACUGGAAUAGUGCGGUGUCUUUGACAACUGUCCCGUGUGUCUGGGGAUUAUUGGAACAUAUGUUCUGUGGCAGCAGGAUGGAGAAUUGGGGGACAGAUUUUGAAGAGGCCGCAUCUGGAUCCACCUCUCCACAUCUCAAACUCCCAACGUUCAGUCAUUUUCUCUUAAAUAUUUUUAGUAAUAUAUUCCGUACAAACUAAAUAUACUUAAUGUUGUAUUGUAAACCCAGAUUAACUUGUAGACUUAAUUUUCGUAUACAGUUUGUUACUUUUUCAAGUGUAACCAUGGAGAAACAGGAUUACCACCUCCGUGCAAUUAAGAGCUGACUCAGCAAUGCAAUGUAUACACGAAGACCACCUAUGCAAUGACUUCAUGCAGUCACAUCAUGUGUUCAACCAUUGACAGGAGAAUCCAGAAAGCUGAUCAAACUGCGACUUCUUACAACCGCUAUGGUAUUGAUUCAAACAGAUUUCAUGCAUACACCAUCAGCUAUAUUAUAUAUGGCCUCAAACAUCUGCCUUACUGUGUAUGCAUGACAAAUGGUAAAAGUCUUUAUUUCUAAAGUAUGUCAUGUCAUUUGGGGGCACGAAGGGCUUGUCUUAAGUGCGACAACUGUCUGUGCUGAGUUAUCCCAGGUAGACACUGUCUGUGUUGAGUUAUCCCAGGUAGACACUGUCUGUGCUGAGUUAUCCCAGGUAGACACAGUGCUGAGUUAUCCCAGGUAGACACUGUCUGUGCUGAGUUAUCCCCGGUAGACACUGUCUGUGCUGAGUUAUCCCCGGUAGACACUGUCUGUGCUGAGUUAUCCCAGGUAGACACUGUCUGUGUUGAGUUAUCCCAGGUAGACACCGUCUGUGUUGAGUUAUCCCAGGUAGACACUGUCUGUGCUGAGUUAUCCCAGGUAGACGUGUCUUAAACCUAUGAUCGUGGGUUUGAAGCCAAGUCCCCCCCCCCCCCCGAUUGUUGGCGCUGGGUAUGUCAGCACUAUAAGGGUGAUCGUGGUGUUACCAGAGGGAUAACCGUCUGAUAUCUGCAUCACUUCAGCUUUUGUCCCUGAGGCUAACAGCUGCGCGUCAAAGCAACCUUAAACCCCAACCCACUCACUCACCAUAUCUGAUCCCACAUGGGUAGGCCUACAAUGUGUGAAGCCCAUUUCUGCUGUCACUUCUCUUUCUCCUCAACCCCCCUGAUAUGGUUGGAAUACUUACAAAAGCGGCGUAAAACCCAACUCACUCACUCACUUUAUCUGAUUAAUCUACACCUUAACAGUAAUGUGCACAGACUUAAAACGCCAUCUGUCAACGUUUACUAAAUUGAAGUGUCGACUCUCAGCAAUUUCCUCAUCACAGCUAUUGACUCACUCCAUUGUCCUCACUCUGUAGCCUCCACAAGAAUGUGUAGCCGUGUGGUGCCCUACUAUUUGUUUUAGGUUCCAUGUAUGUACAGAAGAUAAGCUAAAACUGUUGGGCUCACGGUAUGUCAGGAAUGAACAGUCCAUACGAACAAAAUCAAAAUGUUCUGUGAAGAUGAAAGAACAACACUUCUGUUAAUCUGUAGUUGGUGCGGUAUUAUAAGAUGUCAAAGAUUUAUUCCAUAAUGAUAAAUUCCCCUUGAAAUUCACGGAGUCGAAAUUCAACCCUGGGCGACAGGAAGAAAGCAGUGAUUGUCUUCAAGGGGGGCAGUUCCGAUACGCAGUCGUAGUCUUAUCUAAGAUUCUCAGCUUCUGACUCAAGGUCAAGGUCGAUAUGCAUUGCCUGUAUUCUAUUACGAUAUUCUGCUGUGUGCAAUUCGCAAAUAUUAUGAACUAACAUUUAUAUAUAUGGUUUUACCCAUGUUAUGUUUCUAUUUAUUGUUGUCCUCUAAAACCAAAACCAUUUAACCAGAUUUAGGAUUUCAACACCUUUCUGCAACAGUUGUUAAGAAUGUCGGGGAUGUUUGGAUGUUAAUAUCAAAGCGAAACUCUGAAUUCAUAUUUCAUCGAUUUAUCACGCGCAGUUUCAUUAAUUCACCAUCUUGCCUUAUAACAUAUGCAGCUCUCAAUGUGUCCAACAGCAGGACGAACAAUCAAAAUGGCAAAACAAAACCACAUUAAUGUGGCGGGGAACAUAUUUCAGAGCUACCAUUUCAAAAAGGCCCUGUGUGUACGGUGUUGUAUGAACAACGGUAAUUGAUAUGUGUUCCUUUAUGUAAGUUUCACCAGUUUGAUUAUUUCUUUCCAAACGUAACAUAAAGUUUAGAACAAAAAUGACCAUGUACGAAUUUAGUGAUACAGUUGUAUAGCUAUGUCUGUUUCUGCCAUUGUCCAAUCUGUAAACAUGAAGCAGGCAGUGAUUGUUGAAUGAUGUAUUUGCUUUUCAUUCGUUGUCUCAAAGACACACGGAAAAUGCAAAUGUAUUGUACCCAUUGGGACAAUGACUGAGAACGAGAAUAUGUGUUUGGGCCUCAGUGUGUGAUACAGGGUUAUAUAUCAGACUCUACAGCUCACUGUUGUAUUUUACGAAAUAAAUUAUUUUUACAAGUUUA